CGAAAAUUUGUCAAAACAAAAAUAGGAAACAACCAAAAUAAUGACAACAACCCACAUUUUACUUAUUUUAAUAAUAUUUUCUCCUUUUCUGUUCUUUUUUAUUUAUAUUUUUCUCUUCUCUCUCACCUUUAAUCUUUCCUUAUCUCUCUCCACAGAGAAGCACAAAAAUAAAAAAAAAGAGUUUCCCAUUGUAUUUCCCUCGAUUUCUCAGGAAAUCACCAAGCUCAUUCACAUUAAUCUUUCUUAUUUAGGAAAGAAAGAUCCAUAUUUUUCGGUUCAUUCUCUCCCUCUGGGUUACGAAGCUAGAGACACACACACUUAGCUUCCUGUCUUCACCAAUUUCAAAAACAGACCCAAAUCAAUUCUUGAUACAGGGUUUGUUUUUUCUUUUGUUUAUUGUUCUUUGAAUCUGUGUGGAUGAAAGGUAACCAGAAAGACUCGUCGGAGAAACCGACAUGGGAUCGAACCUCAUCGAGUACUACUUCAAUGCUAACCCGACCCGGUCCAAAACUAAUGGUUUGGCUAAUCUGCUUCAUUGUCUUCACUUACAUUAUCUACAUGCUCAAACUCGUCUCCACCUCACGCACCUGCGACGACUCCACCACCUUCACCACCAUCUCCGCCCUCUCCACCAACACCUCCUCCUCCAACAUCUCCCUCGUCGCUGCUUCACGGCGCCGCGAGUCGGAGGUUAAGUUAUACUCCGAAGAAGACGAGCCAACCGAUCUGCACCACGUGGUGUUCGGGAUCGCCGCGUCUUCGAAGCUAUGGAAACAGAGGAAAGAGUAUAUCAAGAUCUGGUACAAACCUAAACACAUGCGCGGUUACGUUUGGUUAGACAAAGAGGUUAAAAAGAACAUCACCAACACCAACGCCGAGGAAGAAGCCGACGACGAAGAUCUACUUCCACCGAUCAAAAUCUCCGCCGGGACAGCUUACUUCCCUUACACGAACAAACAAGGGCAACGGUCGGCGUUGCGGAUCUCGAGGAUCGUGUCGGAGAUGCUGCGUAUGGGUCUGAAGAACGUGAGGUGGUUCGUGAUGGGUGAUGACGACACGGUGUUUGUAACGGAUAAUCUCGUUAGGGUGUUGAGGAAGUAUGAUCACGAGCAGAUGUAUUAUAUUGGGAGCUUGUCGGAGUCUCAUCUACAGAAUAUAUUUUUCUCUUACAGUAUGGCUUACGGUGGAGGAGGGUUUGCGAUUAGCUACCCGUUGGCUAAGGCUUUGAGUAAGAUGCAGGAUCGGUGUAUACAGAGGUAUCCGGCUUUGUAUGGAUCUGAUGAUCGCAUGCAAGCUUGUAUGGCUGAACUCGGUGUUCCACUCACUAAAGAAAUCGGGUUUCACCAGUACGACGUUUACGGGAACCUCUUCGGUCUCCUCGCCGCACACCCAGUAACACCGUUCGUCUCAAUGCACCACCUCGACGUCGUGGAACCGAUCUUCCCCAACAUGACACGUGUCCGUGCCCUCAAGAAGCUAACCGUACCGAUGAAGCUAGACUCAGCGGGGCUUCUCCAGCAGUCUAUAUGCUACGACAAGCACAGGAGCUGGUCCAUCUCGGUCUCGUGGGGCUACGCUAUCCAAAUAUUCCGUGGAAUAUUCUCUCCCAGAGAAAUGGAAAUGCCUUCGAGAACGUUCUUGAAUUGGUACAAAAGAGCAGAUUACACCGCUUAUGCGUUCAACACUAGGCCGGUUAGCCGUAACCCGUGCCAAAAACCGUUUGUGUUCUACAUGUCUUCCACUAGAUUUGAUAAGCAGCUGAAUACGACGGUUAGUGAGUACACGAGACACCGUGUUUCUCAUCCUUCGUGUCGGUGGAAGAUGACGAAUCCAGCUGAGAUAAACACCAUCGUGGUUUACAAGAAACCAGACCCGCAUCUAUGGGAAAGGUCACCGAGGAGGAACUGUUGCAGAGCAUUACAAACAAAAAGGAAUAAUACGUUAUGGAUCAAUGUUGGUGUAUGUAGAGAAGGUGAAGUCACUGAACUUAAGUAA